CAGUUGAGGAGUAACCUGAAAAAAGCAAAAUGUUUUAAUUUUUGAUUUUAGUUUAAUUAAAGCCUUCUAUUGAUUAUAUUUUUUGAUUAUUUUUUACUACAUCAAGUGUAUAAUAAUAGUCUUAUUACUUAAAUUUAUAUUAUUGUUAUUGAUUGUUUAUACUGUUACAUUUGUUAUAAAGAAAAGAUUACUUCAACGUUAUGAUGCAAAUGUUGACUUACUCUUGAUACAGCUAUUGUUUUUAUUAUGAAUCUAUGGUCUUCAGUGCAGCAACAUCAAUAACAGCAAAAUGUGCAAUGAGUGGCCUAUUAUCAACGUUAAUUCAAUUUUCGAGGAAAAUCGAUGGAGUGUUUUACAUAAAUUACCGUACAUUAAUGGUCAAAAUAUUGUAAAUGCAGUUGUUAAACCAUUAGCUGGCAAUGUGAUCAAAGCAAGUUCAAGUAGUCGUGAUCCUGUUUCGGGAGGACUACCUGGCUCAAGCUCUAUUGGUACUGCUGGUCAGCAUUCAAUAAGUGAUCCACCUUCAUCAGAUAUUGAGACAAUCAACUAUCUUAAAACAGAUAGAGAUGUUCAAUGGGUUAUGGAAGUUAUUUGUUUUGGUCUUUCUUUGCCAAUAAAUACUACCGAGCAACAUGAAGCAAUCAGAGAUUGUGUUCAUAUCUAUUGUGAAUGGAUGUAUGCUUUAAUUCCCCAUGAAUCGGCAAUCAAAAUAAUCCCUUCACCCAUCAUGAAUGACCCUAACCACUAUUAUCGACGAAUUAUUCAACAUCUUUAUAAUGUUUUCAUACCGAGGACAAAUACCAAUGGUAGUACAAAUCCAAGCCAUCAAAAUGCAUCAGCUGACUUAAAUUCAAACGAUAUUAUCUCUCGUCAAGCUCUUCUGUGUCACCGUGUUCUCAGGACAAUUGGAUGUAUUACACAGGAUGAAAAUAAUAUCAUGGAUGAAGAAACUUGGGAUUUACUUCUUCUUUUUCUUCUCUCCAUAAAUAAUUCACUUUUAGCUCCACCAACAGAGAAACAAGAUAUUGGACGGACAAAGCUCUGUGAGAGAGUAAUAAGUGUUCUUUUCGAGAUCUGGAUAAUUGCAUGCUAUAAGUUUUUCCCAAAUCCAUCUUAUUGGAAAACAUUCCACCAUCUUUGCUGUUCUUGGAGACACCAACCUGCCUUGAUUGACCAAUGGAGUCGAGUUUGUUUCAUUUUUACCCAAAGAUUAUUACAAUUAACUUAUGACUCAGCAACUUCACCAUCAUUAUCACCAUCCUCAUCAGCUGACUUUGGAUCACCUCUCAUUGCCACUUAUUGCAUCCAAUCAAUUAACAAAAUGCCUAAAGAGAUUGUCUCUGAAGCAUGGUACAAAUUUCUCCACACAAUUGGUAAUCCAGUUGACCUUUAUUCACCGGCAAUCAUUUCUAAAACUUGCAAAUUUCACCAUUAUAUUGCUGAUAGUGUUGUUGACCCUCGACAACAUCCUUGUUUAAAUGAUCUCCCUCAAAUAUUUUAUCGAGCUAUGAAAGGAGUAGCUAUGUUGGUCGACUCUUUUCUCGGCUUACCUGUUUCUUUUGAUAUUGACUUAAAUGAUAAUGAAUCAACCAAAUCUGGUGCAACCAUUUCCAGUUCAGCAUCAAGCUUUGGAAUAGUACCUCCACCUCGUAAACAGUCCAGUGUUAAAUCAGGUUCAUCGACCACUACCAAAGGCAGCAGAAAAGGAGGCUUACUGUCAGGAUUAUCUCAUGCAUCUAAACCGUCGCAACAGCACCAUCAACAACAGCAGCAGCAACAACAACAUCAACAAGCAGCUCAACAAAUUCAGACUAGCUCAAGUUUUCCAACAACAUCAAGUGUACCAACACCAAGUCCACCUACAACUUCCUCACAAACACGAUAUCUUCGUAAUUUAACUUUCAAUCAAACAAAGCCUAAGAUCAAUUCUGUUCUAAACGCUUUGGGAAAUUGGUUAUUUAAUGCAUGCAUGAUUGGUACCAAGUAUGUUCAAAAUGAGCCUUCUAGUGAAGGCUCUGAACAUUCAGAGGGUUCAACAUCAACAACAACUGGAGGUGAUAACUUUGCAUCUAGAAAAGGUUCCAUUGGAGCUGGAUCAGAUAGAAUCAGCCUUGAAUUGUCAUCAUCUUUAUCUCCUGAAAAUUUUGAAGCUGGACAAUCAGAAGCAAUUGGAGCUCUUUGUCGACUAUUCUCUUCCAAAAAAACUGAUGAAGAUAUUCGUCCUUUAUACCUGGCUCGUUUUUAUUUAGCUUUGCAGUAUGGACUAUCUGUUAAAGAGAAUACUCGAGGUCAAGUUUUGUCAAGUAUUCUGUUAAAUGGAACUCGACUGUUUCAGAUAAAUUUAAAUGGUAUCAAUAUACUUAUACCGGACUUUCUUCGUGCUAUGGAGACUGUUAUAAAUGACUCCGAUUCUGAAUUCAAAAGUUCAUCGUCAAUAACUGAUCUUCGACGAGCAUGUAUCAAUCUAUUGUUGUCCAUGAUCUCAUACCCGCUUCAUUUCAACGAGUUACCAAUUAAAGACUCUCUCACAGAUUCAUCGCCAAUAACAUUCCGCUCUUUGAGGCCCAGAUUUAUCAAUUUUAUGAUCAAUGCUUUGAAAACUGAGCACGAUUCUCUUAAUGUUCAAAUGUUAUUAGGAGGCCUUCUUGUCUGUGUUCAAGAUUCAUUUAUAAAGGAUAAAGAAGCAAACAAAGGGUCAAAUAACUCAUCAAAUAAAAGCUCGGAUAAUUAUUCAGUAAGGGACAAGGUUGUCCAUUCUCAGUUUAGUUAUGACAACUCAGCUCAUCGUCGAGCCAGGUUUGCCAAUCUAUCCGAUGCCUUUUUAGGAAAGGGUGGAAUACCUGACACAGCAAGAGAAAUUUAUUCACGAUCAUUGAAUUUGGUUUGUCAAUUGUUAUCUAAUAAUUGGAAAAAUGACACUCAAGUAUCUUUGGCAGCAUUGGAGACUCUCGUUGUUCUUGCACGAAUCAAAUUCACGGAAGUUGAUGAAACUGAAUCAGGAUUACCCUCGAUAAUUGACGAAUGCAAAUUAAUUACUAAAUGGAUCUGUGAUUUUAUAGUCUAUCAAUGUUCCCGACCUCCUCCUCAUCAUUCAAAAGACAUGCAUUCAACUAUUGUGGCAGCUUAUUGUUGUCUUAAUGUUUGGUUUCAUGAACAUUCUUGUGUUCUCAAUGACAGGGAAUGUAUAGACACCUUGAUGGAAGUUAUUGAAUUGGGAAUUUCUGGAUCUAAAUCUCGCUCUUCCAAUGGACUAGUACUUAAAACAAACAAAGAGCUGAAACCUGCCUCUAUGAGAGUUCGUGAAGCAGCUGAAUCACUUUUAACUUGUUUAAUGAAUCAUUUUGGUAAUUGUCCACCAGCUCCUUGUCCACCUGAAACAGUUACCGGUUGUUGUCUUCUUGACGAGGCUUCAAUCCUUCGAGGUUUAGGCGUUGAUGUUGACAUCAAUGCUGUUGAUAGUUGGUCUAAAUAUUUUAAAUAUUUUAUAGCAGAUAAUUCAAUUUUAUUGGCUUUUGUUAAUCAUCCUCCUGCUCAGAGAAGCAUCUGUAUUAUACGAUCUCCAUUUGGAAAAUAUUGUUGGUCCAUGAAAUUUCAAGUAUUAUCGCUUCAACGUAGCACUGAUAGGUCAUCUUUCGAGUCAAUACCACGACCUCCUCCACAUUCAACUCCUUCAACUCGGCGAACAGUUUUCCCACGAUUUAUUCCCGAAUCACUAGAAAAAAUUCCCUUAACCAAAUUGGACAUGGUUAUUCCAAGUUUAAGUAAUCUUAUCAAGUCAAAUCAAACGCUUAAAGGUGAUCAUGAAAAGAUGAAUAAAAUCAUUGAGAAGCAAGCUUUAAGUGAAAAAGAAUUGGAGAAACGUUGUCUUCCAUUAAUCUUCUCUUCCGAUCUCAGUCAGCCUAAACCAAAAGAUGAACUUGAAUGCAGUCGAUUAAUUUUAUCCCACUUAGGAUUCAUUUCACUUGGAUCUGGUCAAAAAUCUUGCGAUUUCACCUCAAGAGUCCCAUCACUUAUCAGUUUGGAUAAGAAAAAUAGUGAACUUUUUAACAAUAUCAAAACACUAGACAUGAUCUCAACCCGAACUUCUGACACUGCUUUUAUCUUUUACGUCCGUAAAGGUCGAGUUCAUCCACAAGAAAUACUUAACAGUGUAUCGUCUAAACACUAUGUAAGUUCAUCAUUUAUUGACUUUCUAAAUGGUCUUGGCUGUUCAAUCAAAGUUAAUCAACAUCAUGGUUGGACAGGUAAUGUUUAUACCUCUUGGAAAGCUCGCGAUGAUGAUAGUUUAUCUGAUGAUAGAGAAUCUUAUGAUGACCAUGGUGGAAGUGCCUACGAUGGUAACAAAAUGGUUUUAUAUUGGGCUGAUGUUUGCAAUGAAAUUGCCUUUAUUGUUCCUUCUGGACGACUUCCAGAAGAUGAUUCAAUCUCAAUCGAUUCAGAAGUUAAAGGACGUGCAAAAAGUACAGAAGGCUCUGAAACAGUAGAUUUAAGAUCUCUAUCUAGUUUAAGUGAUGACGGGACAAAUACAUCAAAUUUUUCCCGUAAUCUAUCUGAAGCUGAGUCAACUCGAAACAGCUGGAGGAAGAAAAAUAAGCAUCUCUCUUUUAUUGGUAAUGUUGGUUGUGAUACAAAAAUAUUGAUUAUCUGGUUAGAAAGUAUUGACGAUGAAGCUACAAUUCCUAGUUCAACUUUAUUAACAGUCACCAAUACUGGAGUUGAAACAAAUCCAUUGUCUAAAAAGGAUUACAUUGCUAUUCUUGUGCAUCCUUUAAAAAACGGUCUUUUUACUGUAAAGAUUGUCACUUCACUAUCAAGGCCACCAACUGCUCUUCCUCUGCUAGACGGAAUGGUUGUGAGUCAACGUGUACUUAGCAUAUUUGUCCGAUUAACUUGCCUUAAUUUAUGUCGGCGUCGACGAUUGGAUGCAGAAAGCUUUCAACCUCCGCAUGUCAAGAGAAGAUUAAAAAUCCAAGAAAUGGCCAAAAAAUUGCAAGCUAAUAUGGACCAAUCUGAAUUUUACUACUCUUUGUUUACAUGAAAAGUUGAAUUUAAAGUCGAUUUAAAUGGUUAAAGAAAGAGCCUUAAAAAUGAAACUAUAAUGAAAAGAAAGAAAUCAAAUCUAUUUAUUAUUUCUACACUUGGUUUGAGACAAAAUCAUAAACCAAAAUUAUUUAGGGAAAGAGUCACUAUUUAUAUUAUACACAUAUAUUUAUAUUUUUAUCCAAGAGAUGAACAAAAGCAAAAAUUUUUCCUGAAUAAUACCACUUGAAAUGAAUGUAUCUUUAUAUAAAGAACUGAACUUUAAAAUGUUUCAACAAGUGCUAUUCAAUUUUGUUACAAACCCGUUUAAAUGAAGUCUACUUUCAACGUUGCGCUUGCAGAAGAAAAACAACAGAAAAAAUUAAACAUUGACUUUCCAACUA